GUCUGGGUGCCUGGAGUUGCUGGCUGUGUCCCAAAGCAGGGCUGCCUGCAAUGAGAAGUGUCUGGCCUCAGGGAUCCGCAGCAGGAAGGUGAAGGAUGAACCUGGCUUCACUUCUGGCACAGUUUGAGGACAGCUGGUGAUCUGGAGUUCCAGAGCUCCUCCUGGACUGGCUCCAGACUGUGCAGCUGACCCGUGUCCUCCCGCAGGAGCAGUACAGCUUCCUGUACGAGGCGCUCCUCGAAGGCUUGCUCUGCGGCAACACCGGGGUGCCAGUGGAGAGCAUCGCCAGCCUUGUCCACUCCCUUCGAGAAGAUGAGACCUCAGGCUGCAACAGGGUCCUGGAGAAGGAGUUCAAGGCCCUGCAGAGAUUUUCUGAGUUGUUCCAGCUCCUGCCAUGCAGAGAAGCAGAGAAACCUAGAAACCAACCCAAGAACCGCAAGCCAGGGAUCUUGCCAGCGGACUCCUGCCGGCCCAUCCUGAUGUCCUCGGUGAACGCAGACGGCUCGCCAGCUUACAUCAACGCCGUGUUCGCCAGCACGUACACCGAGGAGGAGAGAAUCAUCAUCACACAGCUGCCUUUCCCCACCACGCUGGUGGAUUUCUGGGCUCUGGUCUGGGAUUACACUUGCACAUCGGUAGUUGUGCUGAAUCAACUCCAGGAGCUGGACAAGACAUACGUGCAGUUCUGGCCCAGCCAGGGCGAAGAUGACUAUGGCCGCUUCCACGUCCAGCUGAUCUCAGAGGAGCCUGGGGCUGGCUUCACCACCUGGACGCUUGUCCUCAGCAACAGGCAGCAGCCCAAGAAAUCUGCAGUGGAAAUCCGGUUACAUCAACUGACGGACUGGCCCAUGCAGCAGCACCUUCCCCCACACCCUGACACCAUCAUCAGCCUGCUAGGGAAGGUGGAGACGCACCAUCGGCAGAGCCAGGAUGGACAUAUCCUUGUCACCUGCUGGGACGGAGCCAGCCGGAGUGGGAUCUUCUGUGCUGCUAGUUUCCUGUGUGAGCAGAUCCAAAGCGAGGGCAUGGUGGAUGUGUCCCAGGCUGUGAGGAUGCUGAAGAGGAGGCGGAGACAGUUCAUUAGAAAUGUGGAACAGUAUGGGCUCUGCUAUGAACUAGCCCUCAGUUAUUUGAAUUCAUUUGAAACCUAUGGGAAUUUCAAGUAGGGCCAUGACCACAGCCUGUCUCUAGAUGGGACUUCUGCUCCCUGCACAGCCCUUCAUCAGUAACAGUGGAAGCAAGAGGGAGAAAAAGGGAUGUGCAUGACCCCAAGAUGCUUCACUCUCCUGAAAAAUCACCCCAAGCCUCCUUUGUGGCUGGAGAACACAGGCUAGACUGUCUCCAAAUUUUGGCCAGGCCUUGAAAUGGGAACCUGAGCCUCUGCCCAGCAUUUGUGAAGGAACUUCUCUGGAAUCACAGCCUGAGUAUGCAGACCAGAGCACAGGCACCAGGACUUCACCUAUGCUUCCCGAUGAAGAGAACAGCUGUCCCAUCCAGGUUCCCUUGUCCCCUCAGGUACCCCAAGGAAAGUGGGGUAGCACCAACACCCACAUUGUGUUUGGUCAGAGAAGUCUCAAACUGCUGUAAGAUCCAUGGUGCUCAGGAGCACAGGAUAUGUGUCCUACUUUGGGAGAAGCACAAAGCCCAAAGUCAACAAGAGCCAAGAGUGGGACAAGCUGUGGUCCUGCAGGGCUAAACUUGUCCUUCAAACCCCACACAAUCUCUUCCUGGGGCUGCAUCUUCCUGGUGCUGCUCCAGGUGCCAGUGCCCUACCAGCUCCACAGAGGCUCCCUCAUCAGCCUGUGCUGCACCAUGGUAAUCCCAGGUUACGCUGUCUCCGCAUGAAUAUGCUGGAUGUGUUUCAAACAGCACCAUAGAAACAGGUUCUGUCUUUGCUGCACAAAGGCAGGAGACUCCGGAACCAGGAGUAACCCCAUGGCUUUCUGUCCUGUGUCUCACCAAUAAAGGCCAGGGUGGUGGUGA